AUGCAAAUUAACAUUGCUUACGUUGUCGCUGGUCUCCUUGUCUUCGUUUCAUCAAACUUUGGUGAGGCUGAUGCGCGCAUGAUCACUGUUACCCACAAGGCCGGUGAAGCUCAUCUUGUGCUCAAACGAGAGGCCACUGGAUACACUUCACCAGGUGCUGCUGGUAAUUACGGUGUGCCAAACACCACCGGCCCAGCUCAACCAGUUAUGGGCAGCGGAACUGCCCAUGAGAUUGCAGCUGCACCUCAACCUGCCUCGUCACCUGCACAGCCCUCAAGCGCACCUCCUUCUGGUUCCAUCGUAUCACCAACUACUCGAGCUCAAGCUGCCAAUGUGACCCCACCGGCUCCGUACGCACCUAGUCCUGCUGCAGCUCGCAAAGGGCCAACUUCUAGCGAGUCUGGCGCCUCAAUUGUCACACCUACAUCCCAGCGUCCAGUUGGAGCCAACACCUCAUCCAUAUCAUCAUCGAAGUCUGAAGGUCCAGUUCCCGGCGCCGCUCAACCGGUGGCUUAUACACCUCGUCCCGUCGUCUCAUCCGGCGCAUCAACUCCAACUGAGUCUGGCGCCUCAAUCGUGUCACCUACUUCUCAACAUCCAGUUGCUACCAACUCUUCAUCCGCAUCAUCAGAGAAAUCUCAAGCUCCAGUUCCCGGCUCCCCUCAAGCGGUACCUUACACGCCUCGUCCUGUCGUCUCGUCCGGCGACUCAAGUUCUUCCGAGUCUGGCGCACCAAGCGUACCACCUACAUCUCAACGCCCAGUUGGUGGAUCUUCUAUCCCUGCACCCACUGGUGAAGAUCAAAGUUCCGGCUCACCUGAUUCCAGCUCUAAUGGCAAUAUAAUCCCAAAACCAAUCACUCGGGCCCCUAUUCCAGUCGUAGGCAUCCCUACCCUUCCUUUAGGAACUUCCGCGCCAUCAGUUGGUGGACCAAUUGGCUUACCAUCUGGUCCAAUUGGUGUUCCGGGAGUUGGACUUGGUGGUCCUCAAGUUGGAUUUGGUGGUCCUGGAGUUGGACUUGGAGCUGGUCCACACUUUGGAGCCGGAGCUGGUGUUCACGCAGGACAAGGUGUUGGUCUUGGUCCAGCAUUAGGCGGAUUACCAGGUGCUGGUAUCCUUGGAGAUGCCGGAUUUCAUACCGGUGCCGGUGCAGGAGUUGGAUCACACCUUGGGGGUGGUGCUGGGGUAGGCGCUGGUUUCAAUGCUGGUGCAGGAGUUGGUCAAGGCGUUGGUCUAGGUGGAUACCCAGGUGCAGGUCUCAAUGCUGGUGCCGGUGCAGGUGUUGAAGCUGGCGCAGGCUUAGAAGCUGAUCAUUGGUCACAGGUUUGGCAAACCACUUUCGAAUUGAUAAGUCCCGGUUCAAUUCCUGUGGGUUCUUUUGUAAGAAGUCUUGAUGAUGAUAUAAUGAGUGACUGA